AUGGAAGACCCCUGGAAGGUUGCAACAACACCUACUGAUUGUGAGAGUAAAAAACGAUGUGCACUAUGCCAUUGCCGCUUGGGUGAGAUGGGUUCGAAACUCUACAUUAAACAAGAUCUGAUGAUGUGUGAAACGGACUAUCGUCGUCUAUAUGGCUAUCGUGGAAUGUGCACUGGAUGCCGACAAGUUAUCCCACCAUACGAUAUGGUAAUGCGUGUCAAGUAG